AUGGCAGCUCUUCGUGACAUUUUGGUUGCAUUUCUGUUCGCCUUGGGAGGUUUUUCGAUCUUGUCAGCUCUCUGCCCUCUGGGCUGGAAGAACUGGCAUCAGUCGUACUACGCGAUGUACUUGGAGCGUAUGAGCUGGGCAGAUGCUUCAGAGUUCUGCGAGACUAUACAAAGUAACCUUGUCGUGCCGAAUUCACAGGCCGAGAACGAUUUCUUCUGGCGGAUGGUGGUGGAACGCUUAGAGACCGUUACAGACAAAGGCGGGUUUUGGAUCGGUUGCAACCGCGAGUCUGCUGAUUCGAGCUUUGUGUGCGACGGGAAUACUGAGGGAAUGAGCUACACCAACUGGGCACUGGGAUAUCCCCAACAAUUAGGAGCACCUCGGUGCGUCUUGAUGUCGAAGGAAGGCAACGGCACGUGGAAAACUAACCCCUGCGUGCCACCUAAGGGCAAGUAUGUCGUCUGCGAGAAGCCAAACACUGCUCGCGUGCACUGCCUGACGGCCGAUGAAAACGGGCGCUUCGUCAACGACCUACCGUAA